GUAUUAUAAAGCUCUAAAAAUAUAUGCAUGAUUUGAGAAUCAAUGCCGUUGUUUUUGGACUAUUAUUUUAUAUUAAAAAUAUUAAGUACAAAUGUCUGCAAGCGGUCAAUGUGAGGAUUUCUUUGAAUUCCAGGAAAGCAUACAAAAAAUGCGGGCUUUGGAUGAUAACAUAAUACAUGCGUUGAAUAGUGCAAUUCCAACAGAGUCGUUCAAGGGGCAGGUUAAUUGUGACCGGGUCUGUAACAGCUUGUAUACUCAGUUGCAGGAUGUCCACAAACAUCGAAAGAAAAAAAUUGAGGAUUGCAUAUUUGCUUCAGCAGAGUCCUUGAAGAAGUUACGUGAAUUACGUGAAUAUAACCGCGAAGAUGUCAGCAUCGAUAAAAAAUUCAAGUUGGAGCAGCGUAAGCUCCGACUAUUACAAUCCGAAAUAAAUGUGGAAGAUAUCGUAAAUGAACGUUCAUUGAAGGCCUUCAAGGAACGAUGCCGAUCAUAUCUUCAUUCUGGUGCUUUAUGAUUAUAUAUUUCCUAAUUUUUGGUUCUUAAAAUUAUGUUAUUAAAGUGUUUUUGUUUUUCAAUUUUUUAAAUUUAACUUGAA